AUGAAAGUUGAAAUUCUCUCCACAGAGCUCAUAAAACCAUAUACUUCUACUCCCCUUAGCCUCAGGCACUACAAUAUUUCUUUAGUAGAUGAGCUCUCUCCAGCUAUGAAUGUUCCCACCAUCUUAUAUUACCCUGCUGAAGAGAAUGUCACAACUAAUUCGAUAUGCAUGCACUUAAAAAAAUCGCUUUCGAUGGCCUUAGCCAGAUUCUAUCCUUUGGCGGGAAGAUACAUGAAAGAAAGCUUCAUGGUUGAUUGUAGUGAUCAAGGUGCUGAAUUCGUGCAAGCCCAAGUCGACAUUCGACUUGAUCAACUUAUUGGCCUAGGCAAAAAUGUGCAGGCUGAGCUGCUUAAUUGCCUGCUUCCACGGCCAGUUGGUGCAUGUGAUGAAGACACGGACCCUCUGGUGGCUGUGCAAGUGAGUGCCUUUGCUUGUGGCGGAUACGCCAUGGGGAUUUUAAGCUCCCACAGCAUUGCAGACAUGUCAACUACGAGCUCAUUUGUUAUGGAAUGGGCGAGGGAGGCCAAGCGGCUCCUCGAGGGCUUAGAUCAUGACCAAGACCAUGAAUUGUCAGUGUCCCCCAGCUGGAACUCGGCUCUGUUGUUUCCAGGAUGCAAAUUGCCUGGCCUUCCUCUCGGAUUUUCUCGGGAUAAAGAGAAUGUUGAGGAUCAUAAAAUUGUGACAAAAAUAUUUUCCUUCAGUAACAGCGCCAUUUUAAAAAUCCGUGAAAAAGCCAGACUGGACAGCUAA